CCAGACUUCUAUCGUUCUCUCCUGUGAUCAGCGUGUGUGUCUAUGACGUCACUGGCCCUGCUCCCUCGCCCCACUCUCGCCCACCCUCCCCGCCCCCGCGUGCUGACGUCACAGCUCUGACGUCAUGGUGAUGCAAGACUUGCUGGCGCUCAUGUCGGCCGCGAGACCCGAACCCACGGACGCCCGUGCCGUGUCCAGUCCCACACUGGACCAUGAGGCCGCAUCAAGGGGCUCCUCCGCCCGCGCAGAGGUCAAGAGGUCAAGGCCGGGCACCGCCAGGUCACGCGGCGAGGUCAGUGGGUCACGACCCGGCACCUCAAGGUCACGUGGAGAGGUCAACAGGUCAAGGCCCAGCACGUCUCGGCACGGGUCCGCCACCGCCCCCCGCCCCCCCUCCACCUUCUCCUCUCGCCUCAGUGACGACUUGUCUCCCGAGCUGAUGCAGGGCGUGGCUGACUUCUUCCUCCACGACGACCAGGUGGCUGGGGACCACGUGACCGGUGACGUCACGCCGCGGGGGUCGGGGGAGGGUCGUCUUUCGAGGUCCCUCAAGGCGUGGAUGCCCGCCUACAGGAUGCGCUCCCUCCCCCCGCAGCCCCACCCGCCCCGACAGCCAGUGUUUAGCGCCAGACUCGGGGAUCAGAUGAAGAUCAAGCGGGCGGACAGCACCGAGUCGGUAAACACGCUCAUCUCUCUCUUCAGCUGCUCCAGCCACGGAAGUCACGUGAGGCUUGCCCCGCGCAGGCGCAGACGGAGGAAGAGGCUGACGACUCCGGGGGGAGGUGAGGUGGACAGAUUGGAGGACGGGACGAGCGUGUGGGUACAGCUGGCCAGUAAACCCAAGACCUCCAUUGACCGGAUGUUGCAGAUGCACGCCAUGUACGCGCAGAUGGACACCGAGACGGAGAUCUUCAAGCGGCUGCCGGAGGAGGAGAGACAGAUGGUCACUCGUGCCGGACACUCCAGGGGUGUCCAGUUAGGCCCGGCUAGACAGCGGAGCGACAGCGCCUCCAACGUCCACAAGAAGAUGGCGGGCAGGAAGAAGAAGCUGACCCGUGCCCAGUCGGCUGGGGGUCACCACGACGGACCCAUGAUCAACUUCCUGGAGAUGAGACGCCAGAUUGUGAACCAGAGGAUCGCGGCCAUGCAGCAACAGAACCACAGCUCUCAGCGCGCCGCUCGUCUCUCCAGCCGCCGCUCACUCGGCACGCGCAGCCUCUCACGCCAGUCGCUCACCUCCUCAGGGAGUAACGAGCCCUGGCCCUCCAACACCCCGCGCAACCUUUCGCCCCUGGACCUGGAGUCGGAGCUGCACCAAGAUGACCCUGUGUCCGUGUGGAAGGGCGACUCACAGAUCCUGGCUAUUGACCUCAAGCGAGGGCUCACGGCCAAGGUCAAGUCUAGGAUCAUGUCCACCACCACAGCCCUGGAGAGAGCCACUGGCUACGGCGACGACAACGAGGCACGCACCUACGUGGGGCCGCUCGAGGAGUACCCCGGCCUGGUGGAGGAAGACUACAGUCACGUGGCCAAGAUACCUCAGCGGCUGCGAAUCUCCCCCCACCUCAGCAACGUGAUUCGAACAGACAUCCACGUUCGUAUGGGGCGGCCGCGCUACCACGAGAUCCGGGAGAAGGACCUGGUCAUGUGGGACAGGGGUCAGUUCCUUGACCGCGCACACCGGAACCUCAAGGUCUUCAACUGGCUGCACAGCCUCAAGGAGUCCGACUUUGACAUGCGCAUACCGGAAGCUGUGGAGGACACGCCCCCAGGAUGUGACGUCACGACACGUGAUGAGGUGGUGGUGUCGGUGGACGAUCCCAAGAUAAAACCUCUGUUUGAGAGAUUGAAGACACAGUACAUCGUGUGACCCCCAAGAUAAAACCUCUGUUUGAGAGAUUGAAGACACA